CCAAGAACACCUUUAUGACACUGCGCCCGCUGCUCAUCUUGUCUCCUUCGUCCUCAACACUAUCCCUCUUCACUACUCUCUCUGUAGUAGCAGCUUUUCUGAAUGAGACUACAACUCAAACCAAAAAAGCAGUCAGAAAACUCAUUAGGUCAAAGGUCAAAACGACGCCUCUUGUUCUAUUUUAGCGAGGCAGAUUGGUAGUGAAAUUUUGAAUAAAAAAAACGAAAACCCGAAUCUUGGCUUAUGUGCAGCUAGCUGGCACUCUGGGAAGAUGGUGAGCAUAACUCCAGAGAUAGAGAAGCACAUCCGCGAGAACUGCGCGUGGCCCAAACUCCCGUCUUCCGCCAAAGCCGCGAUGGGCAAUGCUCCUGGACUCUACGACAAGGCGGUGCUGGAAGUGAGCAUCAAGAACCAAAUCAAGUGGAGAAACAACAUCGUUCGUUUUGUGCAGAGAGACGAAAGAAAAUACUAUGAUACUCUCCUUCAGUACAGCAGGGAGCAUUACGUGCUGUAUCCAUACCACAUGCAAGACGUGAUGGUCCAAGGAUUGAGAGUUACUCCGUUCUCCUACUACUGCUCCAUGAUGUAUGACAUGGUUCAGAGUGAAAAGAGCUACGAUUCUCUCCCUAACUUCACCGCUGCCGACUGUCUUCGUCUGUUGGGUAUAGGCCGGAACCAGUAUAUAGAUCUCAUGAACCAGUACAGGUCAAGGAAAUUCUUUCGUCGUCGUAACAUCAAGGACUUGUUGCCAGGACAACCGGUGAAGAAUGUACAGAUUGAUCCGUGGUGGCUGGUCCAUGUUGGAUACAUCACCGAGGACGACAUUAGAUCCAGUAAACCAGAGGAACACUUGGUAAUUGACAAACUGAUAGAUGACGGGGCGCAGCAGGCCAGCUCCACCGACAGAGACCUCAUACUACGGUUGUACAACAAGGGGCUGAUCUACCUGAUAAUCCCUAUCGGUGACAAUGACACUAUUGUGGUUCCGCCUCUACAGGGAUUUGUAAUGAACAGGGUUCAGGGAGACUAUUUCGAGACCCUUCUCUACAAGAUAUUUGUCAGUAUUGAUGAGUACACUGACAUGAGAGAGCUGUCAUCUGUUCUACAGAUUGACCUAGAGCAAGUCAAGAAUGCUGUCUCACUCUUCAUACGACUCGGGUUUGCCCACAAGAAGACCACAUCCACUGACUCCGCCCAGCAACACCCUUCCUGGAGCAAAGUUCCUUCUCCACCUGUGACCACACCCACUGCCACACCCCUUACUCUGGAGACGGGUGGGAGUGACAGUGAAGGACCCACUGGUCAAAGGUCACCCAGUCCAGAUUCAAAUGUUGCCAUGGUGACGGCAGCUCCCAGCAGUGGAGUGUUUCAGAAGAGGAUAGCAUUUCUAUUUGAUGCCACCCUCACUGCCUUCCUUAUGAUGGGGAACCUUUCUCCAGGACUAAAGAACCAUGCAGUGACUAUGUUUGAAGUGGGGAAACUGACAGAUGAGAGUCUUGACAGCUUCCUUGUGGAGCUCAGCAAGGUGAUGGAGCAGGCAGAAGGAGAGGCUCGUCGGUACUUUGAACACGCAGUGACAUUGCGCAACACCAUCAAGUUCCUCCGCUACAACCCAGGGCUGGUCCCGGGCGGAGAUGGGCGUGGUCUCGGGGUAGACAUGCUGAGAUGUGAGAGUAUGACGUCACUGGACCCAGCCACCCUCGCCAGGGUCCUCCGCAAGAACUACUAUGUCCUGGUUUCCAUGGCUCCAUUGAGUCAGGAGGUCCAGACCAUCAGCAGCUGUGUCCCUCCUCAUGUAGGGCCUGCCGUCUCCGAGGUAACCAGCAUCUGGUUCAAACUAUGGCUCUAUUCCAAACUCGGCUCCGGUCCCCAUUCCAUUCUGCUCUCCCGCGGAACGCGGCUCCGGAGACUGCCCUCCGUCCUCAAGGGUUACCAUCGUGUCCUGGUGACCAGCUGGGGUCAUGACCCGACGUCAGUGUAUGUGUCUAAUCUUCUCCUGACAGUCAACGAUGCUCUGACACACUCCGCUGUACUCAUACAGGCGACGGGAUGGAGAGAGGAUGGUCGUGUUGAACAUGUUCCAUUUCCAUUUGACCGUGACGAGGAGGUGCCGAUCCCCGAGGAUGAUCUGCUCAACCAUCCCUGUCUGUCAAGACUAGAGGCACAGGUUGAUCUAGCUCAUACCUGUGGCUACCUCUCCAUGCUCAGGACUGGAGCUCCAUGUGUCAAUGGAGGUGGUAAGGGGAAGAAGAGACCAGACAGACACCAUUCUUCCAGUAACCAUCAACAGAAGGCUGAGAUAUCAGAGUUCCUCCAAGACCUUCGCCAACUGGGCAUUGGAGGAGACCCCGCCUCCCCCACUCCAGACACCCCAACUCACCCUGCUCCUCCCCCAGCGGAGUACCCCACCCCGGAGCAGCCUGGUUCCUCCGGAGUGACUCCUGUCCAGGAGAGGCUGGGUCAGGAAUGGGUACCUCUUGAACUCAGUUUUGGAGUACCUCUGUUUGAACAGCAGGCCAAUAGAGCUGUCUGUGAUAAGGUAUCUUUUUUCAUUUCUUUUCUCUCACUUUCUCUUUCUUUUCCACAUUUAGUAUGUAUUUUUGUACAUCUCCCCAGAUAUUGGAGAGAGUAUUGUUCACUUGUGACAGUCUUCAUCGCCAGACUCAGGCCAACAGACUACUGGCACUUGAUCUGCUCAACUUCAUAUCUCUUCACACCGAUACUGGAGUAACCACUGACCCUGCCCACUUCCUGGAGGAACAUAACGGGUCUCCUGUUGCCAUGCCAACAAGAAACCUGAUUUUCCACAACGGAACUCUAGAGACUUUCUCUGGUUGAAUUUACUAAUACUGGUGUAUAAAAAAUUUAUAAGAUUACUAUCACGUCUGUAAGAUUACAGAGCAAGAUUACUAGCCUUGCCGAUCGAGAUUACUAGCCAGACUGAAAGAUUACGGAGGAAGAUUACAAGAUUACAACUGACUAGGAAGCUGGCACGAGAAAUCCUCACGGCUGUUGGUCUGGGGCUCGUGGCGGGGGCUGGCUACUGGUACGCCUUGGUUCUCCCUCGCAGACGUCGCUACGAGGACUUCUACAGGAACUACGACGCCAAGGCCGUCGCUCAGAGCAUGACAGCCAGCUUUGAGGAAGAGUCAUAGCCCAAGAACAUAGUAGACAAAACCAUCACUAUGUGAAUAUACCACACUGUCUGUGUAUGUAUGUAUAUCUUGAUGUGCAUCAUUUAGAAUUUCACAAAGUCAACAUGUUGAUGUGUUACA